AAGAGUCCAUUCAGAAAAAUUAGCGUUCGCGCUGACGUGUCAAAUUUAUUCAUGCUGGGUGUUUUUUGGCUAGAAUAAGAGUUGAUAAUAUCUUGGAAAAUUCCAAACUUUAUUUUUACAGGAUUCGAUCACAAGAGUUUAUUGUAUUCAUUUUAUUUCUAAGAUAUAUAUGCUCUCCCGGGUUUCUUUGUUUACUUUUUAAAAUAUUAUGUGUUUAUUAAUUAUUAUCAAUCAUUUCAUUUCUCGUCUUUUAGUUAUUUCUUACAAGAUAAUAUUUUGUAAUAAUGCCCUGCAAGGCCUGGGACUUGUUAGCACAAGGCGCUCCCAAUGGUGCAGCUUUUUUUUACCGGCUCAACAGUAAAAAAAAGCCAAGGCAAAUGGGUCGUCUUUGUGGGAUUGCAAAGCCGAAGGCAGCAAUUGUCCUAAUGCAAAUGGGUCGUCUUUGUGGGAUUGCAAAGCCGAAGGCAGCAAUUGUCCUCAAGGAGCUACGGUUCUACGUUUCAAUGCAGUAAUAUACAUUAUACACAACUCUCUAUAUACAUCGCGUAUGCCAUUUUUAUAUAUACUUGUUUUUUGGCAUGGGUGCAGUCACUAAAACUAGUCAAAGAUCAAUGGAUUUCCGUCAAUAUAUAGCCAAAUAUUUAUGUUCCACGCUGUAAUUCUGAGUAUCAAGACGUGCAAGUUUAAGGUGUCAAAGCGACAGCCCAAACACAGAUGGUAUCCAUUUGGAAGCAUAAAAAAAUGUUGUGAUCCAGAAUUCUUCAAUCAAAACAGGGUAUGAUUAAUCGGACCUAGCUGGUACUCUGAACUUGUGGAUCGAAGAGAUCAAAUGUGGCCCUGCUGGUCAUGGCAUCAGCUAAGACAAGAUCAUGGACGAGCCAGGUGUUUAGAAUGUGACAGUUAAGAAGGCAAUUUUUACAGGUGCUACAAAUGGGUUCAGAAUAAAGUCAUGGGCUAGACCGAGCAGUACUGGAUUUAUCGGAGGAGUUCGAUUAAUUGGUGACGCUAUAAACAACGUUAGAAAUCCCGCUACCAUUGAUGAACAUCAGUACUGUCGUCAAAACCCAAACUGCCCUAUAAGGGUAAAAAUAAGUGAUACGACAUAUCAAAGCAUUUUGAGGAAUAUUUGCUGCACCUGUCGUCAUAAAAUACAUACGAUUGUAGUUCAAGAAAUUCACUCACAGGUUUGAAGUUGCAAGAUAUAGAUUUGACCCACUUAAAAAAAGGAGCUCAAUCAUCUCGUACCAACGUGGAUGGACAGACAAUUGAUGACCGAGUUCAACCAAAUGGUUGUUUCUAAUUUCUUUUAUCUGAUCAGAAGCACAGAGAAUUUUAGAGGAAAAUGGAUGUUGAACAGCUAAUUAAUCUGUUAAAAGAAAAGGGGCGUCGGGUUCCAUUCAAUCUUAUUAGUAAACAUGCUUCCCCUGCAGAAUAAAUUAAAUAUAAAGAGACAUAAAGGCUGAAUUUCUUGAUGAUGAAGGCAGUUAUAUAAACGCGGCGGCGGUUGUGAGAGAAUUGAGUAGGUAUAUAUAUAUAUAUAUUGUUGGGUUGAUGAUAACGAUCAAAAAUAGAUUGACUCGUAAUUUCAUUGAACUCUAAGGAACCGGAUGGUGGCGUGGCCAAAUGCUCUUCACCUUUGGACCUCUCUACCUGGCUGCUUUAAACGAUUUGAGAUUUUCUGGGACCUCUCUCUACCUGGCUACUUUAAAGCAAUGCAUGUAACAAGACGAGUGUGUCGCCAUUUCAGUUCCGCCGCCGUUUUCUUCCAUUUUCCAUAUUUUCACUGCUUCUCGACCUCCCUAGCUACCAAGCUUAAACCCUACACUAUACUUCCUCUCUGUAGCUAGCUAUCAAAUUAAAUUAAUUUGUAACCUUUCUGUAUCUAACUAAUUAUAUUCCAUAUUUGAGCGUAUCUAUGUAUAAAUACCCUUUAAAUCUCUCCAAGUUCAACAUCAACUAAUAAACCCCUACAAUUUUCAUAACAUCUUAUUUUUACAAACACUAAAUCCAUUCAAUUGAUCAAGAUCAUCAUAACCGUAGGUCUCUAGCUCUCUUUCUGUUUCUUAUAUAUUGAGCAAAUAACAUGGAAAUGUUGAUGUUGUGUCUACAUUCUAUCCUGUUUUUCAUUUUCUUGGUCAGCUUAAACAAUAUUAACAUAUCAUCUGCCGAAACAAUUUAUAAUGUGCAAACUUAUGGUGCCAAACCGAAUGGGAAAACAGACUCCACCCAAGCCUUCCUGGAUGCAUGGGCCGCAGCAUGUGGCUCUACUGAUCCGACUAUCAUUUAUAUACCAGAAGGAAGAUAUCUGCUUGGUUCUGUGGCCUUUACAGGUGGUAAUUGCAAAAGUCCUGAUAUCAUUGUAAGGAUUGAUGGGACCCUGAUUGCUCCCGAGGAUUAUCGCAUUCUUGGUCUAGCCAGUAAUUGGCUUAGCUUUGAAGGUGUCAGUGGUGUCUCCAUUGUUGGGGGGGCUCUUGAUGCUAAAGGAUCACCCUUGUGGGAUUGCAAAUCCAAAGGAAGCAAUUGCCCUGCUGGAGCUACGACUUUGAGCUUUGUGAACUCCAACAACAUAAAGAUCAAUGGAUUACUGUCACUAAACAGCCAAAUGUUCCACAUUGUGAUAAAUGGCUGCCAGAAUGUGCAAGUCCAAGGCGUCAGAGUGAUAGCUGCUGGUGACAGCCCAAACACAGACGGCAUUCAUGUCCAAUUAUCAACUGAUGUUGUGAUCAUGAAUUCUUCGAUUAAAACCGGGGAUGAUUGUAUCUCAAUUGGACCCGGAACUAAGAACCUGUGGAUCGAAAGGGUCAGAUGCGGCCCCGGUCAUGGCAUCAGUAUCGGAAGCUUAGCCAAGAGCAUGGAUGAGGCCGGGGUUCAGAAUGUGACAGUUAAGAGUACAAUUUUUACUGGCACUACAAAUGGGUUUAGAAUAAAAUCAUGGGCCAGGCACAGCACUGGAUUUGCUCAAGCAAUUCGAUUCAUUGGAGCCACCAUGAUUAAUGUCCAAAAUCCCAUCAUCAUCGAUCAAAAUUACUGUCCGCACAAUUUAAAUUGCCCCACUGAGGUAUCGGGCAUACAAAUAAGUGAUGUCAUAUAUCAAGGCAUUCGAGGAACAUCUGCCACGCCAGUUGCUAUAAAAUUUGAUUGUAGCUUCAAAUAUCCAUGCAAAGGUAUAACACUGCAGAAUGUAAACUUGACCUACUUGAACAAAGAAGCUCGGUCAACUUGCACCAACGCAAUUGGAAAAACAUAUGGUCAAGUUCAGCCAGAUAAUUGUUUGUAAUUUUUUUUUUACUGAGAAGUAUAUAUUUUCUGUUUGUAAUUAACUGUUUAUAUAUAAAUUAAUAAGUUGUAUUUAUUGGUAUUUGGUUGUUGAGGAAACUAUAUAUUUAUUUGAUUGUUUCUCCUU